AUGAAAUUCAUUCUUGGAGUCGUUUUAGCUGUAUUUUUGAUUGCAAGUGCCGUUGCUGUCCCCUACGCUAGACCCAUCUUCGGAUUUGGCGGCGGCGGUUUCGGAGGAUCGAACUCAUACGCUAACGCUGGCUCAAGCUCCUUCGGAGGCGGUUAUGGCGGAUUCCCCGGAUAUGGAGGCGGUUUUAGCGGAUCAAAUGCAUACGCAAAUGCCGGAUCAAGCUCCUUCGGAGGCGGCUUUGGUCGAUAA